UUUCUAAAUAUAUUUUGUAACUGAACCUGGUGCCUUUGUUCUUUCGGGGGAAAAAAACAAGUUGCCUACAACAAGCCCUGGGGAAGAGAAGCAAGGGAGACUUAGCCACUGGCAGAACAAACACGAAUCUGAUGACUUCAGCAGGGCCCACGGCCAAUUCUGUUUUUGUGAUGGCAUCCCACCACGGGUAUCCUGUGAUCUCCGGAGGCAUGUCUCAGGUGCCCCUGUAUCCACUCAGCCAACCCCAAGUCCACCAAAUUCCUGGAAACCAACCUGGUUUGGAGCCGCCUGUGUCUAUGCAACCUGCCCAGAUCCUAAAAGAGGGCAAAGUUUUAGGGGCCAUCCAGAUCCUGAUCGGCCUGAUACACAUUGGCCUGGGCAUCAUCCUGGGGACCAUCCUGCCUUGGGGCUACACAGCUAUCUCAUUCUAUGGAGGCUAUCCCUUCUGGGGAGGCAUCUUGUUCAUCAUUUCAGGAUCCCUCUCAGUGGCAUCAGAACAGCAACCAAGAUCUUCUUGCCUGCUGAAAGGUAGCAUGGGCCUGAGUAUCACCAGUGCAGUCUGCUCUGUGCUUGGAAUCAUGCUCUUCAUUGCAGAUAUGGUUAUCAACUCCCAAUAUGUCCACAGCAGCUCCCAUCCUUACAGGGACAUGGCCUCUGGAGUAGCUACUUCUGCCAUGCUGUUCAUCUUUAUCCUCCUGGAGUUCUGCAUUGCCUGCAUGUCUGCCCACUUUGGCUGCAAACUGGUCCGCUAUUCACAUAACAAGGGUACUGUGGUCUUCCAAACUGUCUACGUGACAAACCCAGUGGCCAAUCCAGAACCAGUGAACUCACCACCGUCUUAUUCCAGUGAGGUCCAGGAUUCCAAAUAAGCCAAAGGUUCUAGAAGCGUCGUUCCCUGGAACCAAAAUAGAACUCCCUUUCUGGGCUUCUGAAACUCAGCUUUUUCCUUCCCUGACAAACUAAGGAAUGUGUCUCUCCAACUGCUGGCACCUUGGACUUCAUUCACUUCAGCUUGGUUAAUCAUGCUGUUCCUCCAUUUAAAAGGGGACAGGACUUUAAAGUGGAUUUGAGCAAAGAGGUCCUCCCUAGGACAUCCACCUGUGGGAUGUCCAGUGCACAUAUUCAUGUGCUUACCUGUGUGAGCUUAUGAGCUACUGAAACAAAUGUCUAGACAACCCCAGCUUCAUUCUCCCAAUCAUUCACUCACUGAAUAAAAGUGCACUGAGCAUUUAAUAUGUUCAAAACUCUAUUCAUGGCAGGAAGAGGGUGAACAUGGAACAUGCAAAGUCCUUGACUUCAAGGAACUUCUGCCUCACAAGAGAAGAAUAUGCAAGCAGUUUUCUUUAACAUUAAAGGCAGAAUGUGGGGAUAGUACAGAGAGAUCAGAGAGGGAAAUGAUUUAUUCUGGUAGUGAAGGGGGAAGCAGAAAACAAGCCUGGUUGAGGAGGCAGCGUUUGUUGGAACAUUAAAGGAGGUAGUGUGGUUUUUAUAUUGUUGUUUUUUAGUGCAAUAACAAACCACAAUUUUGAGAAGAACUUUGGAGAGAGUCAUCCACUAAAAUUAUUAGGUUUUUUUUUUUAUAUGCUGUUAGCACCAGUGCAAUGUUACUCAAGAAUAAACAUUGUCUUAAGAUAUCUUCCAAAGUUAUGAGGCUAUUGUAUCUUCAUUAAAUAAAGGAUAGUGACUCAUUUAAA